AUGGAUGCGACCAACCAUGGUAGCACUCCAUGUGACCAACAGCCAGCAGACACCAUCCUGAGCGAAUCUGAGGAAACAAGUCAAUUUGACCCGAAUGUGAACCUUCCUUUGAUCCGUAGUUUCCACGCAUACAGUGCACCACCAGAUGCUGCCGCUAAACAAGCAGACAAGAUUCCUCUAAAACGCGAUAGCACCAAGAAACCAGCAAAAUCAAAAUGGCUGGUGCGCUCGUACGAAAUCGAGGAAAAUGUACCAGCAAAGGUAAAAGUAUUGGAACCUGUGAACAACACCAAAGCACCACCUCAGCUCAAAUGGGGAAUAGUAAAAUGUAAUGAUGAUAAAGAGAAUGGUAAGGUAGAGAGCAAUCUUAGUAAGGAUAACAAAACAAAAACCGUGACAUCUGCACUGAGUUGGAGUAUUGUCAGCAUUGAUGCAAAGGAGGAAGAUAUAUUAGAAGAAGAAGAAGAUGACUUUGAAGAAAGUGAGGAAGAACUUUCAUCUUCAGAAGACGAAAAGAAGGGUCACAAGAGCGACAGUUCGUGGCACUUGUCUUCAGAAGAAGAUGAACUGUUUCAUGAUAGUGAUGGCUCCAUGUCAUCCUGCGACAGUGACCAGUUGGAAAGGACAGAACGUCAACUGCAAAGGAAAAUAUGGAGAAAGAAUUCAUGGGUCUGCGAGUGUGGUGAAAAGUUUAAAAACAUGGCUUCAUACCACAAACACAUACUGGAGGAACAUCCGGUAACCUGUGACUACUGUGAAGAAAAGUUUCAUUCAGCAAAAACACUGCAGAAACACCUGAAAACACACCUGCCAAGCGAAGACAAACUGGAUCUAAAUGGUGACAAGCUGUCCAUGUGUGACCACUGCGGACAGUUCUUCACUAAGCAGCAGAUGAAGAGACACAAGGUGAAAAUCAGCGAUUUAAGACCGUACAGAUGCGAUGUAAAAAACUGUGCAUCUGCUUUCAAAACUAAGGGCGCUUUGAAAAAUCAUGUCCGUAAAGUCCAUGAGCGAAAUCGUUUCCCCUGCCAGUACGAGGGCUGUGAGAAAACGUUUGGUAUCAAGUCGGUGUUGCUGAAACAUUACAAAGUUCACACGGAUGAGCGCAGCCACCAGUGCUCGUACUGCGGUAGGAUGUUCCAGAGAACAGAUCACCUGAAGGUGCACAUGAGACAGCACACAGGUGACACCCCGUUCAACUGUAGUCUGUGUAACUACAGCGGUCGGCAGUCCAACUGUCUUAUUUGGCACAUGAAAACCCACCAUCCUGAACUCUUUGAAAAGUCAGGUGAUAAAAAAGGUGCAAAACAAAGGAAGAAGAAGUCAGGGUUGGAAAAGGAUGAUGAAAAAGGUUCUAAAAAAGGUGCAAAAGCAAGGAAGACGUCAGGGUUGGAGAUGGAUGAUAAAAUGGGUGCCAAAAAAGGUGCAAAACCAAGCAACAAAGUCGUGUUGAAGAAGGAUGCUUUAGUAGAUAAAGUUGAUUCUAGUAAGACCUUAGGAAGUGCUAAGAAGAAGAAGGCUUUGGUAGGUAAAGCUCCUAAAAGUGCAAAAAAGACUGCAACUUAUUCUACA